AUGGGUCUUUUGUCAGUCAAUAAAUACAAUAUUCUAGCGAUAGAAACUGAAAGUGCUGAGAAAGUCGAAAGCAUCACGAGUUUACACCACAACAUGGGUUUACGAUACAACGCGGUGAUGUCAAAAGAAAGUAUGUUGGAAGAGUUUUCCGAUGUUUUCGCUGGAGAAGGAAAGCUAGAGGGAGAUUUGCAUCUCGAAAUCGACCCAUCC